CCCUUCCCCCUUCCACCUUCCCAAACCGUGGAAUACCCGACAAUUCUUAAACGAAGGAGAGCUGCCAAUUGGCCAGCUUUGACGAUCGUCACUGGACCCGAGCUAUAGCUCCAGGAUGGAUGGAUUGCUGGGACAAGGAGCCUUUCUUUCUUGGGGUCUGUUCGUAAUUCGUACUUGGAUUAAGCGACGCUAUCAGGGACGAGACUGUUUCCCACUUGGUAUCUUCCUUUCCUGUCAAAAAAAGCUUGUGUCGGAAAAGACGCCUUUUCAUUCGACCAGAAAACGAGGAAAUGAAGGAUAGGAUAGGCUAUGCCAGUUUAACUUUAGAUGCUAAGGCUAAGGAAUUGGGAAU